CUCUUUCCGGUCUUUUGGAGACGUGCGUGAGGUAAUAUGGAAUUUCGAGCAAUAUUGUAGCCGUUGCAAUCGACGCGAAGAAAAUAUAUUUUCUUAAAAGAAUGCUGAAAAUACAUUCCCCCAACGCUCUUCUGCAUUGUUUAUUUAAUAUUUUUUGCAAUAGUGUACUUAAACUUCGACAUUAAUUCCUAACCUAGAUCUGUGUUGUUAUCGAGCACAACCAAUGUGUCCAUGGCAUAUUAAGGAUAAUAAAAUUAUUUAAACAGUGUUUUGACGUAGCAUAAUUGAUACGCUUACGUUUUAUUGUGUUACGAAUAGUUUAGCGGAACUCGUGGAGUGUUUGUUUACCUGCAAGAUGAAGCAGAUUGUCACGAAUCAAACUGUGAAGAUCCCUGAUGGAUUGACUGUUUCAGUCAAGUCCAGGACUGUCACAGUCAAGGGACCACGGGGAGUCCUGAAGCGCUCUUUCAAGCACUUGGCUCUUGACAUUCGUAUGGUCAACUCUAGGUUGCUACGAGUAGAAAAAUGGUUUGGUACCAAGAAGGAGCUUGCAGCUGUACGUACCGUGUGCUCCCACAUCGAAAACAUGCUGAAGGGAGUCACCAAAGGAUAUCAGUACAAAAUGAGGGCUGUAUACGCUCAUUUCCCCAUCAACUGUGUUACCACUGAAAAUAACUCAGUUAUUGAAAUCCGUAACUUCUUGGGAGAAAAGUUUAUUCGUAGAGUUAAGAUGGCACCUGGUGUCACUGUUGUCAACUCACAGAAACAGAAGGAUGAACUUAUCCUGGAAGGAAACUCGCUAGAAGAUGUUUCGAGAUCAGCUGCUCUCAUCCAACAGUCCACGACUGUCAAAAACAAGGAUAUCAGAAAGUUCUUAGAUGGCUUGUAUGUAUCCGAAAAGACGACGGUUGUCCAGGAUGAUGAAUAAAUACAUUUUUAAGAACAAUAUAAAAAAGGAUUUUUUAUUUUAUCAAUAAACUGUUGUCAUUUAUCAAA